AUGGUACACCAGCUGGAGAAGUCUGCAGCAGACUACUCAAAUACUACGCUGCAUACACUGGAACUGAUCAAUAUGUGCAUGAAAAACUGUGGCUACCGAUUAAGAAGUGCACUUUGCGACGGGGACCACUUACAGAAAUUGGAAAAACUUAUCACUGGUGGAAAGUGUGUUUAUCAAAACCGAACUAGAAUUCUUGCACUUAUUAAGGUGUGGCAUCUGGCCUUCCCAGAUCCGGUAGAUUUAACACCAAUUCACAAUCUGUAUCGCGAUCUUCUAGCCAGUAACGUGACAUUUCCUGAGGUAGACCAAAAUCAAGUAGACACACUUAGGCGUAUGGAAACUGCUGACAGGCUCAAGGGCUGCCAAAGAAGACUGGAAGCUUACAUCGGAACCCUCAGCGACAGUAUGAAUCCGAAGUCAGAAAACAUUGAGGAAAAGGAGGCAGCGUUUGCAGAGCUGAUGCGAGUGAAUGAGAAGAUUCAGGAUUCUGUCAGGCUGUUCCGGUCAUUCGAGAAAAUGCUCCAUCGCGAGAAUGAAAAGCGACAGAGUUUGAGCAUGCAGGUGGUGCAACAGAACGAUCCAGCACUUCAUCACAUAUCGGAUCCAACUGCAUUUGCCGUAACGCUUCAGCACGUAUCUCUUCCAACUCUCGUCUGCGGUCGCCAACGGCUUCAUCGUUACGGAAUAUGCGACGCAAAUUGGACGCUGGGUUUGGGGAGGGCGGAGCGGAGUUUGGAAGAGGAGAAAGUGCUUGCUGAGCUGAUGCGAGUGAAUGAUAAAAUUCAAGAUCCUGUCAAGCAGUUCCACUCAUUCGAGAAAAUGCUCUGCGGUGAAAAUGAAACGAAGACGGUGGAACGGAGUUUGGACGAAAACAGGUCAGAAGCAGCAGGAACAUCAGUGACGAUAGUGGAAAAUCAACCCGAGACAUCUUCGGCUGCAUCCUCGGUAGCAGCAACUGCAGCAGCAGAAGCUUCUGUUGCAGCGAAAACGAAUGCUGCUGUAACUGAGUUGACAGAGAAAAAUGAUAUUUCACAGACACUCUCGGACGCAAGGGAGACCAUUCAACGGUUCCAGAUGUUGCAACAACAAAUGAACAUGUUUCAGGCGGUUGAUGCGACACAGAGGCGCGAUCUCGAAGUCGUUGUUGAGCGUUUGAAGGCCCUGGAGAAGAAAGUUCACGCACUUAUUACUGCAAGUAUAAGUGAAACAUCAACCGACAGUCCCGGGGACGAUGACACGGAUUUUUCUAAAUUGGCGAGCCUGAACGACGAGCUGCAUCUUUUUAUCGAAAAUUAUCAGCAGACAAUUCGGAGAAAUGAGGUUCGUAUGCACCUUCAUCUGCCUCUCUUUUGUUUACCGUUUAUAUAUAUAUAUAUACUUUUUGUACUGUGUGAAUAA